AUGAUUUGCAUGAUAUUUUAUGUUCUUUUCGUUUUAUUACUACAAGAUAUAAUUAUAUGGAAAAAUAUUAAUGUUAAGUGUUAUUUAAAAAGAAAGGAAUCUAGUAAUAUUAAGUGUAAUUUUAAUCUUAUUGACAAUUAUGUAAAAAGAAAGAAUUUUUUUUUUUUGAAUAACAAAUCAUGUUGGAGAUAUAAGGAUAAAGGAAAUGAGUAUGAAAGAAAAUUGAAAUAUACACAUAUGGAUAUUAAGAAUAAAAAUAGAAAGUAUAAAUUAAAGAUGAAUACAAAAAAUAUGGUAAAAGAAGUUGUUAAAGACAUACAAGGUGUUUGGAAGUUUUUUUUACCUGUAUAUAUAAUGGAUAGAGAAUUUAAAAGAGCUAAGGAUAUGAAUCCAGAUGAGAAUUAUAAUAAUAUAAAUAAAAAUACAUAUGACGACAAUGAAGAUAAUAGUAAUACAAAUGAUGAAAUGAAUGAUGAAAUGGAUGAUGAAAUGAAUAAUAAAAUGAAUAAUAAAAUGAAUAAUAAAAUGAAUGAUAAAAUGAAUAAUAAAAUGAAUGAUGAAAUGGAUGAUGAAAUGGAUGAUUUAGAAGAUAAUGAAAAUACAGAUAUGGAUAUAAAUAAUAAAAAUAAUUCAGACGAUGAAAAUAAUUUAAAUUUAUUAAGAGGAGAAAGAUUACAACCAUUACCUAUGUUUGUUUAUAAUUAUGAAAACAUUGUUUCCGCCUCUGAUUGGACUUAUGCUUAUUGGUCCAAUGAAUAUGUUGAAAAAAAUAUAUUUGAAUGUACUAUAAAAAUAAUAAAUAAAAUGAAUAGUAAAUAUAUGAUUCUUUUACAAGGAUAUUUAUUUUUAUCAAAUGUUAAUGCCUUAAAUGAUAAAAAUAUACGAUUAGUACCAGCACAAAUAUUUACAAAUAUAUUUCUAGCACAUAAUGAUAAUGUAGAUGAAUCAUCCUCUUUAAUACCUCCAAAUGUAAAAGUAUAUGAUAAAAACGGUAAUGAAGUCAAAGAUGUUUUAAGUAUUUUAGAAAAGAAAGACCCAGAAUUUAAAAAGGAGAAAAGAAAAAUCGAAUCAUUCCUAGGUAUAAAAAAAUGGAAAUAUCUAGGUAUUUCCACUGCUUAUAAAAUAGUAGGAGAAGGGAAAAAUAUGUUUAAUAUAAAUCAUAUGUUAACAGGAAAAGAUGAAAAUAUUUUUUAUAAUAUUAUGGAUUUUGAUACUAUUAAUAAUAAUUAUAACAAAGAAGGAUUUACACAUUUAAAGGAAGUCUUUAAUUCUUAUUUUCAUAAACCUUCCAAUGAAACGUUUUCCUUAAUCAUCAAAAAGAAUUCUCUUUUAAAUAUAUAUUUAAAUAUUAUACAUGUAUAUUUUUAA